AUGAGUAAAAUUCGGACAACUCUGAGUGUCUUAAGUCUUGGAUUUGGAGUGUUUACUGCGGAAGCUUUAUAUUCUGGGAAUGAACGGUUCUAUAGGGAUUGGGUUAUGCCUGUUGCACGAUUAGUGGUCUCCGAUGGUGAAACUGCUCACAAAUUGUCAGUUUACGCAGCAAGUCAUGGUUUUAUACCUCAUAAACCUCGAAAUGCUUUUCCAAACCUGAAGUGUAAAGUUUUCGGACUUGAGUUUGACCACCCGGUUGGACUAGCUGCAGGCUUUGACAAAAAUGGAGAAGCGUUUAUGGGACUUUUGGACGCAGGAUUUUCUUACGUUGAAGUUGGAACUGUCACACCAAAUCCUCAACCUGGAAAUCAACGACCUCGGAUAUUCAGAUGGACUGAUCGUGAAGCUGUCAUAAAUCGAUGUGGUUUUAACAGUGAUGGGCAUGAUGCAGUGUAUAAAAGACUCAAAGAUCGCCCUUGGGAAGGUCGAGGUGUAGUUGGCGUCAAUUUAGGCUGUAAUAAAACAAGUGUAAAUCCAAUAUUUGAUUAUGUAGCAGGUGUUCAAAAAUUUGGAGAAAUUGCUGAUUAUUUAGUAAUCAAUAUAUCCAGUCCAAAUACUCCAGGAUUACGUUCAUUACAAACUAAAGCAAAAUUACAUGAUCUUUUAUCAAAAGUUUUAGCAGCUCGAAAUGAGUUAAAGAAGCGAACACCUAUUCUACUGAAAAUUUCUCCAGAUGAAGAUGAUCAAAAUUUAAGGGAUAUAGUAGAAAUUGCUCUGGAUUCGAAAACUCGAAUCGAUGGGAUGAUUAUCUCGAACACAACACUAGCAACCCAUGAACAGGCUAUGGCUUGUGGUGCUGCUUUCAUAUCGGGGGACAGUAAACAAUCUGUUGUAUAUGGGGGUUUGAGUGGUCGACCACUGUUGCAAAAAUCAACCGAAUGUUUACAAAAAAUCUCUGCUAUCACUAAAGGUGCUAUCCCAUUGAUCGGUGUUGGUGGUAUAAGCAGCGGAGAAGAUGCAUUGGCCAAGUUGAAUGCUGGUGCCACCUUAGUACAAUUGUAUACAAGUUUAGUUUAUCAAGGACCACCAGUCGCUCAUAGGGUAGCCAGAGAAAUAGAUGAGUUAAGGGCAACAACCACAACUAAGAUACCUGUAAAUGUGUAACCUGAAAUUGCUAUCUAUAAAC